UCUCCCUGCAUUCUUACUGCAGAAGUCUCAACCAGAUGAUGAUGCUCCAGAGAGAGAGAGGCAGAAGUUGCUUCUUGCAAAACAACGCCAAAGAGCAAGAAUGAAGGCAGCUGGGAAGAUCCAGGCCUGGUGGCGUGGCACCUUGGUGCGUAGGACCCUGUUGGCAGCUGCCCUCAGGGCCUGGAUGAUUCAGUACUGGUGGAGAACAGUCACAUGGAGGCAGUUGGAUAAGCGACGGCAGAACUCAUUGAAGAUCUAUGUAAUCCAGGAGCAGGCAGCAGUCAAGCUCCAGUCGUGGGUUCGCAUGUGGCAGUGCCUUCAACAUUACUGCCAAGUAUGCAAUGCUAUCUGCAUACUUCAAGCUCCAAAGAGCUGCUUCACCUUCCAGACCAGUGAUGUUUCACCGGCCCAAUAUGAAGGCACUUACAACCAGCCAGAGUUCCAUAUUGAAAUCCUAUCAGUCUAAGAGUGCUAUAGGGUGGAGAACUGGCUCCACCACCCCAAUAAAUGUCUGACCAGGUUUUGUGCGUUUCAGUGACUUCCACGCGAUUCAGGUCUCUCCCUUCUCUUCUACUGGGGGAAACAUUUCAAUAUAGGUAUCUCUAGAUUUUCCACUGUGGCACAAUGGAAUCAGCAGCAUCUCGGGAGUGCUGGGACACAGGUUUGAUCCUCAGCCCGGCAAUGUGGUUUAAAGAUUUCCGCAGCUGUGGCUUAGGUUGCAACUGCGGCUCAGAUCUGACCCCUGGCUCAGGAACUCCUUAUGCCAUGGGGUGGCCAAAAAAGAAAAAAAAAAGUACAUAUAGGUACCUCUCCCUCCUACCCCCAUUCCUACCUCUCAGCGCCUAUGGCUCCCGUUCUGGACCCACAGAGGCCAUAUGCCAGUGACUCUAUCCAAACCACAAGCUGCUGCCUGAGGCUGUCCUCAUAUAUGCAGAACCAGUUGUCCCAUUCUACAGCCCUGGCACCAGUCUUCUAAACUUGUAACUGGGAGGUGCUGGGCUUUAUAUUCCUGAAGACUCUGAGUACCUCCUCUUAGGAAAGUGAGGCCAUGCCACACCUCUCUCAGCCUGCCAUCAGGAACCAGCUGGAGUUGUGCCCAUUGGCUUUCUAUUUGGCAAGCCUCAAACAGAAGUCAGGCACUUGGCUGGCUCUCCAGGGAGCAGAGCAUCCCAGAGAAAGCACAGAAGGCUGGCCUUAGUGAUGACUGGAUACAAGGUUUUGCAAGCUUCAUGCUAACUUGGAUGCUAUUUUCUUUGGGAAAUAGCAGAUAACAUGAUCUUAAGGAACUUCAGAUCUGCUUCCAUCCUCCCUCCUCAGGGCCAGCUUCUCCAGGGUGGUGAACACAAAUAGGGCUCCCAGUUACAUCCUCUACCCUAUGUAUGAUGUGAUUCUUAAUGACUUCAACAUUGACUGGAUGAUGGCCCCAAGCUGCUAGUCUCUCACCUCCAGUGAUUUUGACUUCCAUCCUAGCUUAGUCAUCCACUCCCAUGAUUGCACUGUAGACCACUGCUUCUGAAGCUGUCUGUGGGGAGGGACCAUUUUUUUUUUAAUGUCCAAUCCAUCACAGACCAAUUAUUUUAUAAAACAAAAUAAAUGGAAAAAGCAUACAAAAUAUAAGGCUUGUUUUUAAUUAUUAAAACAUACAUAAAAUUACUAUUUCAAUUUGCUUUAAACAUUUGUAAAUGCUUGCUCUAAAUAUCUGUACUUAUCUUAGUGGUAACAAAUGCUCACCACAUGUGGUGGCAUUGCCCUAGCGCUUGUGUUAUUAAACUUAAGUUCUGGAGUUCCCGUCAUGGCGCAGUGGUUAACGAAUCCGACUGGGAACCAUGAGGUUGUGGGUUC